GUAGAAAUUAAUUUUUACUUUUUGAGCUGACAAUAUCAGUCAUGCCGUCUAGUAAUCCUUUACCUCCAAAAGAAAAUUCAUUGUUCAAACGGAUUCUGAAAUGCUACGAACAAAAGCAAUACAAAAAUGGGUUGAAAUUUGCAAAGCAAAUUUUGACAAAUCCAAAAUACGCCGAUCAUGGAGAAACCCUGGCGAUGAAAGGUCUUACCCUGAACUGCCUGGGUCGCAAGGACGAGGCCUACGAAUACGUGCGCCGUGGCCUGCGCAACGACCUUCGCUCGCACGUGUGCUGGCACGUGUACGGCCUGCUGCAGCGGUCUGACAAGAAGUACGACGAGGCCAUCAAGUGCUACCGCAACGCGCUCAAGUGGGAGAAGGACAACAUUCAGAUUCUCAGAGAUCUCUCCUUGCUGCAGAUACAGAUGCGCGAUCUGGAGGGCUAUAGGGACACACGCUACCAACUGUUCAUGCUGAGACCGACACAACGAGCUUCAUGGAUCGGUUUCGCUAUGGCCUACCAUCUCCUCAAAGACUAUGAAAUGGCUCUCAAAAUAUUGGAUUCGUUUAGAAAAACCCUAGUUUGU